AUGCCAGAACCCAGAGAAAUUUCAUUAGAUGAGGUGGCACAGCACAAUAUCGAAGGAGAUUUGUGGAUCGUCAUAGAUACAUAUGUCUAUGAUAUCUCCAAAUUUUCAAAGCUCCAUCCCGGCGGAUUGGCAGUCUUGCUGGACCCGAAGAUUGCCGGAAAGGACGCAACAAACGCCUUUUUCUCCCUCCACCGCACCGAAAUCUUGCAACGGCCCGCGUAUAAACGUCUCAUAAUAGGCAAACUGCCGGAAAAGGAUCCUCAAUUUGCACCUCCACCCCCAGAUGCGCUCAGCAAAGUUCCGUACGGGGAAGCCAUGUGGUUAGGCGAGGGUUUCAGCUCGGCGUAUUUCGACGAUGGACACCGAAAAUUCCAAAAGGCCGUAAGGGGUUUCAUGAGGACAGUUGUUCUACCCGAUGCCAUGGCAUGCGAGGAAAAUGGCAAGAGGGCGAGUCAAGAAGUCCUUGACGCGCUUGGUGAAAAAAAUAUAAUUGCCAUGCGCUUCGGUCCAGGCCCACAUCUCAAGGGGCUCAAACUCAUGGACGGUAUUAUCACGCCCGAAGAGUUUUCGUUCUUCCACGAGUCUAUCCUUACCUAUGAACUCGGGCGACUUGGAACGCGCGGUUAUUUCGACGGGCUACUCGCCGGUGGGGUCAUCGGGUUGCCUCCCGUCCUGAACUAUGCCAAUCCGAGACUCAAAGCCGAGAUUGUCCCAGAGGUCUUACGAGGAAAGAAGUUUAUCUGCCUCGCUAUCACAGAGGCGUUUGCUGGCAGCGACGUCGCUGGGCUGCAGACUUUUGCCGAGCUGACAGAGGACAAGAAACAUUGGGUCAUCAGUGGAACGAAAAAAUGGAUAACUAAUGGCACGUAUGCGGACUACUUUACUACCGCAUGCCGAACGGGACCAGAGGGGAGCGGCGAGUUGACCGUCAUUCUCAUCCCCCGUGGUGAAGGUGUGGGUACCAAAGCCAUCAAGACGAGCUAUUCUGCGACAGCUGGAACGGCCUUCGUCACAUUUGAUAAAGUUCGUGUCCCGGUUGAGAACACGCUCGGUGAAGUCGGCAAAGGCUUGAAAGUUAUCUUGCAGAAUUUCAACCACGAGCGAUGGAUGAUGAACUGCAUUUCGGCUGGUAGCAUGCGCCUUGUCGUCGAGGAAUGCCUCAAAUGGUCGAAUCAGCGGCAGGUAUUUGGCAAGCCGCUCGUCUCUCAACCCGUCAUUCGUCACAAGUUGGCGAAUAUGAUCGCCCGCGUUGAGGCCGUACAAGCGUGGCUGGAAAACAUUACCUAUCAAAUGACGCAAAUGUCGCACAAGGAACAAUCUGACAAACUUGCUGGGCAAAUCGCACUCCUCAAGAUGUUCAUUACCCGCAGCGGACAGCAGACAGCAGAGGACGCGGCACAAGUCUUUGGCGGUAGAUCACUAACUCAGACGGGAAUGGGACGCGUGAUUGAGAAUUACCGAAGAACUGCGGCAUUUGACGCGAUUUUGGGUGGUGUAGAGGAUGUCCUCGGCGACCUUGGAGUGCGGCAAGCGAUGAAAAAGAUGCCACCGACUGCUCGACUCUGA